UUCGACCGGAAGUCACAUCCUCGCUUCAACAUGGUUCCUCCUGUCGCAGUGUCGCCGCUCAUCAAGACGGCCAGAUGGUCUGCCCUGCUGCUCGGCGUGAUCUAUGGCAAACAGAGGUUUGACUACCUGAAGCCAAUUGCCGAGGAGGAGAGGAGGGUCGAGGAAGCAGAGAAGAAGGCCAGAGAGGAGCAGGAACGCAUCUACAAACAACUGUCUGAAGCAAACUCUGACACCAUCCUCAAAUGAACCAUUUCCUGAUGUGUGUUGCUGAACAAUAAAUAUUUUUCAUGUAACAUA